CGUUCCGCAACCCGCGGUGCUCGUCAGCCGUCUGCGAUGAGUUUAGUUUUGAAAACAAGAGGCUGGUCGCCGCUCGUUAGCCGCGCUCGCGUCUAAACUAAAAGUUGAGGCAGAGUAAAAGCUCGGCGACACGAAAGGCUGUGCCGUGCUCGUGUCUCGCGCGUGUCCCGUUUCUUCCGGUAUUUUCCCUUUUCCUCGGAAAAACGAGACGAAAAAAUGGACGCCCUUCGCGAGCAAGUGAUGAUCAAUCAGUUCGUGUUGGCUGCAGGUUGUGCCAGAGAGCAAGCGAAACAGUUGCUGCAGGCAGCACACUGGCAAUUCGAGACGGCCCUCAGUAUUUUCUUCCAAGAAGCUGCGAUACCUCCGUGCGCGCAAGGACCGGGCACACAUUUCGGCCAAAUAACGCCGUGCAACACACCGGCCACGCCGCCAAAUUUCCCCGACGCGCUACUCGCGUUCUCCAAAAUGUCCGCCGGAGAAAAAACUCCCUCGGGAAUGUCGCCGAGUCAAAACGGGCUACAUCAAAACUCGAUGCAAAUGGGUACCGCAGCGCAGCAUCACGGCGGACGGUGUAGCGUGACUGGAAACGCGCAACAACAAGCGCAGAGUCAACAACAAUUCGGUUUAGGCGAACCGCAGAGAUAAAAGAAGCUGGUCACUCAGCGGCCUGUGCGCGAGAUCCCGAGGUCGUUAUGCGAUGUGCACUUUUAACGGCGUUCAAAAAGAGGAGGCAUGGUUUAACAGAAAAAAUCGACUGCUCCCAGGGUAACACGCGCCGUGGUUACACGAGCGAUCAUACCCGAGAUUCAUUCAAGCGCUCGUUAUCCUCGAUUCCCCCUCCAAAAAAAAGCAUAAAAAGAAAAUGAAAAGGACGCAAGAUUUUCCUCGAAGCGCGCGGCCGAACGCGCGCGCGCGCGCGCUCACCUCGUCCCGCCGUACUGGGAUGGAACGAAACAAAACAACUCGAGAUUUCUUUAGCGCGUGUUUUAGAAGAAGCGAUUUCCGUUAAAACGGUCCAUCAUAUUCGAAUCACGGUUGUAUAACGUGGAUCUCUUAGUAGCUGGUUAUGCGAUCCUCGAUUUGUUUGUUAUUCUUUGAAUGGUGCGUCAAAUAUAUGGGCGAUCGUGUGAAUCGUCGAGCCCUCUCGGACCUCUCAAACCAUUUAUCUUCCGUCGGUAAAUAUAUGUAUGACAGGCGAUUAAACGCAGAACGAGAGAGAGGGUGGAGGCUAUAAAG